AUUAUAUAUGAUUUUGAUUUCUUUGUUUCAAGUAUGUAACAAGUUUUUUUAGAAUUUCAAAAUCAUCAAUCAUGUGUUAUGGGGGACAACAUGAGAAUAGAGAAUGCUUUUGCAUUUACUUUGAGUUUAAAGGCGUUUCAAGAGUGGAGUGAUGGAAAACAUUAUGAUAUUUCUCCACCUGUUCAUGGCCUUCUCUGUUGUUACAGUAACAAUAAGUCGGUGAUAUGCAACCCCAGCAGCGGAAGGUACUUUGAUUUACCCGAUGUCACUCAGGCAUCUGAGUUCUUUCUGGGGUUCGAUCCAGUUUGCAAUGUGCUCAAGGUCCUAGCCAUGGCUAAGUAUGAUUCCUGCACAGAGACUAGAGUUCUUACGCUCAUUCCGGAUGAAGAAUUCAGCAUCAUCAGCUUACCUCAAGAAAUCGAAGUUGAGAACUACUUUCUUUAUCGUUCUUGUGAUAUGUUGGUGACGUUCAAUGGCAAACUAGCCAUUGCACGUGAUGAAAAUGAAGAUGGUGCUCUUACUAUAUGGAAUCUCGAGGAGGAUGCAACAACAUGGUGCAAAAAACAAUUCCUUGUUCCCUUGUUUAGAGAAGGUUUUGAGGAAGAGGGUUUCAAGUUCAUUGGUACUGUUGGUUCCAGCGUGCACAUCUAUGCUCCUCGAUAUGACAGUUUUCUACCUCGCUAUGAGUCGGUCAUCGAUCAAUAUGUCAUUUACCAUGAUCCCAACAAACAGAUUGUGGAAAAGGUUCGAAUCGAAGGUGAUUUCAGGGAUUUUGCUGGAAGUAUUGAACCCUUCCUGGACUACAUUGAAAAUCCAGCCCUCAGCCCCAUUGGGCCUCCAUUCUGAAAUAUCUCUCUCUCAGGUAUUGUGGAGAUUACUGUUAGCUUUCUAUUAUAAUCCACUUAAUAGAGUACACAAUUUACU